GUCAUACCUAUGGCCACAUGACCUGGAGGUGUCUAUGGACAACGCCGGCUCUUUGGCUUAGAAAUGGAGAUGGUCCAGCUGAUGGCUUUAUUUCGGCCGUUUGGCUGCCGCACCCGAUUUCUUCAUCUUGCUCCACUUCCUCUUCUCGGCCUGUCGGCUCGCCGCAGCCCAGAUUUCUUUCCACGAUUGCACAUCUUUGCCACUGUCUCUUCUCUUUGCUUUCUCUUUUGGCUUCUCAUGCAUCAUAUCCUUUGCCUUCCUUUGGGGAAAAGCCCAGCUCAAAGUGAAAGCUCCUUUGUUGGGAAGGAAGGAGAAAUACUAUUUAUCCUCCUACCGUUUCGCCUCCUUUUCUUUUUCCAUCAUGGAGCCCAGCAUCCACAGACCGCUCCUGGGCGAAGAACCCGAAAUGGACUAUCAAACCCUCGGAGAACCAGAUCCUCGGCAGAUUGAAAAGGAAUAUUACAGCACGCUUCAAAACCGGAGACUUUUCCUCGCCGCUUUUGCAGCUGUGUUGGGAAACUUCAAUUUCGGCUUCGCUUUAGUCUACACCUCGCCGGUCAUCCCAGCUUUGGCAAAAUCUCCCAGCCCGGAUUUGAAACUCGACGAGGACACGGCAUCAUGGUUUGGGUCCGUGUUUAUGUUGGGAGUCGCGGCCGGCGGACUGGGCACCAUGUAUUUCAAUGACCGCCUUGGCCGAAAGCUGAGCAUCAUGCUCUCUGCCAUCCCAUCAGUCUUUGGGUAUUUUUUCAUGGCCGGUGCCCAAGAAAUCUGGAUGCUCUUAGUGGGUCGGGUGCUGACCGGCUUUGCAGGCGGCGUGACUUCCGCUUCGAUCCCGGUCUAUAUUUCCGAGAUCUGUCACCCCAGAGUCCGAGGAGCGUUGGGUUCGUGCCCUCAAAUCAUGGCCGUCCUAGGUGCACUUUUCUUGUACGCUUUAGGUCUCGUCCUCCCUUGGCGAUGGCUGGCUGUAGCCGGAGAGGUCCCCGUCAUCCUGAUGGCCGUCUUCCUUUGUUUCAUGCCCGACUCGCCUCGUUUCCUCAUCUCCAAAGGGAAGGAGGACGAAGCCCUCAAUGCCCUGAAAUGGCUGAGAGGAGAAGACGUAGAUUACUGGUGGGAAUACGAGCGCAUCAAGGAGAGCGUGCAGGAGCAGAGCGAGCCCAUGUCGUGGGCCGAGAUCAAGAAGCCUUACAUCCGCAAGCCGAUCGCCAUCACAUUGCUGAUGAGAUUCUUGCAACAGUUGUCGGGCGUCACUCCCAUCUUGGUGUAUUUGGAGGUCAUCUUUGGACAAACAGCAGUCAUCUUGCCGCCGAAGUACGAUACGGUUAUCGUCGGAGCCGUCCGCUUGGUGUCGGUGCUGGUUGCGGCCUUUUCGGUGGACAAAGUUGGGAGGAGACUUCUUCUCUGCAUCUCAGCCAUCGUGAUGUUCUUCUCCAACUUGACUUUGGGCCUGUACAUCUACUUCGUACCACUGUCUCACAAUUCCUCCACCGUGAUGGUCAACGGCAGCCAUGAAGUUCUCUCCAGCCAUCUGGCAAAUGGGAUCACCGUUAUUCCUUUGAUCGCCACGAUGUUCUUCAUCAUCGGCUACGCCAUGGGCUGGGGUCCCAUCACUUGGCUGCUGAUGGCCGAGGUUCUCCCACUGAAGACCCGAGGUGUUGUUUCCGGACUUUGUGUCCUUGCAAGUUGGUUGACCGCUUUUGCCAUGACCAAAGCAUUUCUGCUGGUGAAGUAUGGCCUGGAAGCGCCUUUCUUCUUCUUCAGCGUCAUCUGUGUGGUGAACCUGAUCUUUGCGUAUUUGAUCCCCGAAACCAGAGGACGGUCCUUGGAGCGCAUUGAAUCCUACUUCCGCACCGGACGGAAAUCCUUCCUGGAAUCUUUCCGGGGACGAAGGUGAAUUUCCAAAAGACAAUGCAGGACGCUUUGUGGCCCCAAACUGCCUUGAUUCUACACCCAGGGCAGUUUGGGGUGGACUACAUGGCCUUUGGGGGUCCCGUCUUUACUCUCCGGACAACAAAUAAAGUUCGGAACCGGACU